ACUAGUUUGUAUUACUCUUCUCUGCAUCCGGAAGCGUGAGUUCGACCCUAACCUAAAGUGGUAAUCGAGUUCGAAACCGGAAUUCCAUCCUGGCUUCGGAUAUCUGGAAACGGCUAUUCCCGGCACGAAGAAGAAGGUCUCUCUCAGUUCAACUCCCAAUUCCAAACAUAAGAUUAAGAAUGGGAAUCAGAAGGGGAACGGAUAUAAACCUGUUUAAGCUGUGCUCUGGCCUCAGAGUUUUGGGGUACUUGAUGAUCCUCUUGUUCGCUGCUAUUGUUUCCCUCACUUACUACGCCGUCGUUUUCAUCACCUGGGGCCCUCUCUUGUUUCGUGCCGGAGGACUCUCCUCCUUCUUCGCCUUCUCUAUUCUCUUCCUCUUUCACAUCCUCCUUAUACUAUUAACAUGGUCCUACUUUAUGGUGGUAGUCAACGAUCCCGGUUCUGUUCCUCAAAAUUGGAGACCAGAUGUAGAUGUAGAUGUAGAGGUAGAGGUGCAGGAACACAAUUUAGAAGCUGAAGCUGAAGUUGUAGUUGCAUCUCACGCUUCCGAUGGAUUGGAUUUGGAGACAAGACCCUCCACCGGAUAUUGUACUCGUUGCCAAAAUGGCAAGCCACCGCGUUGCCAUCACUGUUCUGUUUGCCAAAGGUGUGUUCUUAAGAUGGAUCAUCAUUGUGUUUGGGUUGUCAAUUGUGUUGGGGCACGUAACUACAAGUAUUUUCUCCUCUUCUUGGUAAAUUUGUAUACAUUCCUUGAGACAACGCUGGAUUGCUUAGCUCUGGUCCCUAGUUUUAUCAGAUUCUUUGAUGGAGCCAAGAAUCAUUCAUUGUCUCCUGGGGAGUUUGGGGUCAUCUUUUUGGCUUCUAUUCUUAAUUUAGCCUUUGCACUGAGUCUUCUGUGUUUCGUAGUUAUGCAUGUAUCUCUCCUGUUAAGCAACACAACAUCAGUUGAGGUUCAUGAAAAGAAAAAAGGAGUCAGGUGGAGGUACGACUUGGGCAGGAAGAAGAAUUUUGAGCAGGAGGGGAUCUCUAGCCGUUGCUUCUAAAGAUAUGAAAGAGAGAGAGAGAGCAGUGGCCUAAAAAUCGAUGUUGAAGUUAAGAUUAAGAAAAUUCUUACUCUAGGUGGAUGUAAGAAUUUUUCCUCCCCCGUAUUAGUGACCAAAACCUAAUUUUAAUAAUGUGAUGUUUUUAUGUAAUUCAACAUGAAAUAAAGUCUUCUGCUGAGGUGUAGCUAUCAUGAAAAAAUCCUGUAAUGAUAUUCUCAUGAUCUGUAAUUAAACUAUUAGCUUUUAGCUCCUCUUAAUGACAAAAAUAUGAUCUUAAGUAAUAUGAUGUUUUAAUUUAGUUUAACAUAAAGUAUUAUACUGAGGCUACACCAAAAAACAAAAAAGUAUUAUACUGAGGAAUAAAUCCUGUAAUAGUUUUUAUCAAAAUAAAAAAUUUCAUGUAAUAGUAGUAGCCUGAUCUCUGAUAAAACUAAUAGCUUGUGAAUAUAGUUAUUCACUAUCUUUUUUUUUCUU